GCUCCAAGCACGAGGUCAAAGAUCGAUUGAAGGCCACGCCUUUUCAUUAUGCAUGUGAUGGAGGCCAUGUCAGAGUGGUGCGGCUGUUUUUGUCGGCCAGUGCUGACAUGGAGAUACAAGACCAUGUCGGAAUGACCCCUCUCAUGCGAUCAUCUUGCGCAGGCCACUUGCAAGUUGUUCGUGCCCUGCUGGGAGCCGGUUGCGACAAGAACUUGUGCGACCAUGGAGGGCUGACGGCUCUGCUUCAUGCCUCUUACGAAGGCCAUGUUGAAGUAAAGAGCUUGCUGGUAUGA